UCAAACUCUCCAAUGGUAGCACACACAGAGAUGAAACUUGGUAAGUAUGCCUAUUAUAUCAUUUUCAUCAUGAUUACAUGUUUCCAUGACGGCCGCAUAUUGUUCGAAAAGGCCUCAGGCAACUUUCUUUAAAUUACUUCUUCACUCCUCAAACUUGCUAGCAUGGAGAUGAAACUUGGUGCGCAUGUGUAUUACAUCGUUCCAUGACGACCACAACAACAAAUAGCCUCAGGCACUUUUCUUUAAAAUUACUUCUUCACUCCUCAAACUCACUAACGGUACCACGCAUGGAG